GCUUUCUAUCAAACCCUCCAGCCGAUUUCUGAACGGCGAAGACUCGGCAGCACGAGGGAUGAGAAUGGUGACAUUUAAUUAUUGGUUCGUAUGGCGUUGGUAUAAACUCUGUACAGGAAAUCCGGAACGGAUUCUCUUGCAUUCAUUCUAGAUGCAUUCAUUUGAAGAUCCCCCACACAUUGUUUUAUUUCUUUUUUGUUGCCACGCCGUACAUGGAUAAAACCUCUAAGACCUCGAAAAUCUAGAUCUCAUCACAUGACCCAAUCAACCUAUCACGAUCCAACAACCACAGCAACAUCACCUCAAUCUGACGACAAAGUUGAGACACAGCAAUCAGCAUACAACGUCCCCCUCCAAUCUCCUCUAAGCUAUUCGAUUCAUCAAUGAAUCAUACCAACCUAUCAAACUUUUCCCAUCUCAAACAAUCACAGCAAGAAUGAGUCUUAUCACAUGUUUCACAUAGCAUAAUCUCUAUCAAGAAGAUGAAACCACACUCUGGGUGAACCUUGGCGAGAGAUUUGAAGCAGAGCUAAAUUUAAGCAUGAUUUGAUACAUGCCAUCAUGUGCCAUCAGAUCUUCGGACCUUGUAGACCUGAUGUUCUGAUGGAAUUAUAUUUGUAUUUUUGCCGAUGUUCCGAAUUGGAAAGAUGGGUUGAAAUAGAGGAGGAAGAGAAAGAGGGUCUGACAACAAGAAAGUUCACGAACGGGAUCCUUGGGUAUGGUGAUAGAUUGUGCUAACAUUCACUCACUUUGAUGAUCAUUCAAGAGGGGCGUCUUCCAUAUCCAAAUUAGAAUUCCUCUCAUAUGCCAUACACAGCUCUCCCUUCGAAUCCUCUACAUCUCCCUCCUUACAAUUAUUUCAUAGCUGUAGCUUCCCCUCUAGUCUGUGCAUCCAUCAAAGAACCCGCUAACCCCUCUGUCCAAAACAAGCUUUCCAGAUAAAAGCUCUGAAUUUCAGAAUGAAGGCAGUGCGACUACUGCUCCAAACCAUCUCUACCUCACCUCACCUCAAUUUGCCUCAUUCGCCCUACCAUGACUUGUGCGCAAAUUCCUUAGCCGAUUUCAGAACCGUCUGAAGUAUACCACUCUGUUAAUUCUCCGGUAAAAAUUCCAUCUCACACAAUCACGGCAUGAUUUAGCGUGGCUGAGCACUGAUCGUGAAGCCUAUAUCAAACCUUCAAACCUUCAAACAUCUCCUCUGGCACUGUUUGAGAAUCUACACUUGAACAGCAUUUCUCCUACAUAUGUAUAUAACCUCCUCGCAAACCACAUCCGAUAUUUAUAUAAACUCGAACCAAACUUUCUAAUACACUCUUUAUUAAUUACUCCCUUUUUCGCGGCUAGUCCUGCUGAAUUACUCUCCUUAAUAUAUUAAAAUUGAAAUUUGAUAUUUCAUCCUCAUUCCUUAGAUUUACUGGUAAUUCUUCUCUUCAUAUUAUUAAACAAGAUUAGUUCGUCUCAUAUACCCAACGAUAUCCAAACCAAAACUUCAAAAUGCAAUAUUCAUUUACCGCUCUUACACUCGCCGUCUUGGCAACGGCUAUCCACGCCUCUCCUAUUCAGUUGGAGACGAGAGAUAUAAUAGCAAUCGCUGAUCCUAACGCUGCCAAUACUACAAUGGCCGCUCCUCCGGCGCCCCCAUCCGGUGCUCCUGCUCCCCCCGCACCCGCUGAUGCAGCCAAUGUUACGAUGCCUGCACCCCCUGCUCCUCCAGCAGGUGGUGCAGCCCCUCCAGCUCCAGCUGCAAAAGCCAAUGGCACAAUGCCAGCCCCGCCAGCCCCUCCCGCCGGUGGUUCAGCUCCACCAGCUCCAGCUGCAAAAGGCAACGGCACAAUGCCAGCCCCGCCUGCUCCUCCUGCCGGUGGUCCAGCCCCGCCUUCUGAUGCAGCCAACACCACAAAGCCAGCUCCCCCCGCUCCCCCAGCUGGUGGCCCAGCUCCUCCAGCUCCUCCAGCCCCUGGUAGCGCAACAAACACCACCGCGCCCCCUGCCGAGGCCCGCGAUCUAACCUCCUUUUCCAUCACGGACACCCCCAAAGCAAACACGACCAGUUCUGCCAACACCACCACCAUAACCGCCACUGUGACCGAUCCAACCACCAACACCACCGGUACCGUGUUCCCUGGAACCGCUGCAAAUUGCACUACAUUCUUCAUUGUCUCAAUGGGAGAUACAUGCGAUAUUGUUGAUGCGAAGAAUGGGAUCACGUUGGAUACCUUGAGGAGUUUAAAUACCGAGAUUGAUGCUGGUUGUGCGAAUUUGAGUGUGGGACAGGCGCUUUGUGUUAAGACUUAGGUGUCGGGUGGUUUAGGAAGAGAAGCAAGGGAAGUAAAAAAUAGAACUUGGAAAGUUUCAAAGUAUGUUUGUUGUAGUCAAGACAAGUCGAAAGGUUGUCAUUAGCCAUAACUGCAAGGCCACUCAAUCAAUUACUACCUAGUCAUCAUUAGAUUUUAGUCAAUAGAAGCAUUUUCCCAAGU